GUUGACACCUCCUUCCAAAGAAAGUGGUGGAUGACAGAGACGUCAGACGCGGAGAAACUUCUUAACCUUUUGAGGACUCUUCUACGUCGUGGUACCAGAGUCUCGCUUGAAAAGCAGUCUGCCACGACCACCGUCGCCUCCCGGGACUUUAGGAUCGAAGUCAUGGCCGAGAAACGGCGCUCGCCGUGCGCGCUCAGCGUCAAGGCGCACGCCUUCUCGGUGGAGGCGCUCAUCGGGGUGGAGAAGAGGCGCAGGACGGCCGGGGAAGGCGCGACGUCGCCCGGCUACGAUGUCCCGAGAACGCCGGCCAGUCCCGAACCUCCGGCGGCGACCAGGGCUCACAGCAGCGAGGCGGACUAUGCCAGCGACGGAUCCCAGAGCGAAGAUGCGCUCGUGUUGAGCCCGCAGCCCGCAGCCGUUUGCGGGAGCGAGGACCCACGCGUGGAGCUCCAGGGCUCGGACCUGUGGAAACGCUUCCACGAGAUCGGCACGGAGAUGAUCAUCACUAAGGCUGGAAGGCGGAUGUUCCCUGCUAUGCGUGUGAAAAUGUCCGGGUUGGACCCACACCAACAGUAUUACAUCGCCAUGGAUAUCAUCCCCGUGGACAACAAACGAUACAGGUACGUGUAUCAUAGCUCCAAGUGGAUGGUGGCCGGCAACGCCGACUCACCGGUACCACCCCGGGUCUACAUCCAUCCGGACUCGCCCGCUUCCGGGGAGACGUGGAUGCGACAGGUGGUCAGCUUUGACAAACUCAAGCUCACCAAUAACGAGCUCGACGACCAGGGACAUAUAAUCCUGCACUCUAUGCACAAGUACCAGCCGCGGGUGCAUGUUAUCCGAAAGGAGUGCGGCGAGGAGUUGUCCCCCGUGAAGGCCGUACCUGCCGGGGAGGGCAGUCGAACCUUCUCCUUCCCUGAGACCGUCUUCACCACUGUCACGGCGUACCAAAACCAACAGAUAACGAGACUGAAAAUCGACAGAAACCCUUUUGCUAAAGGCUUCAGAGACUCUGGUAGGAAUCGGAUGGGUCUGGAAGCCCUGGUGGAGUCGUACGCCUUCUGGCGGCCGUCGUUACGGACGCUCACCUUUGACGACAUCCCCGGCAUGGCCAAACAAGGAGUCCCGGGAACCCACGGAGGUGUCGGCGCAUCAGCACACCUGCUCUCGCCUUCGCCGUGCUCGUCACCCUUCCAGGUGUGCCCCCUGAGCCCGAGCGACUUCACCUGUAGCCGUCCGACCCUCCCACUCCACCGCUACGCCACCCCUACGGAGCCGUUCCAGCCACCACGUGGCCCGGCGUCCUUCGAGAGUGACACCUUCUGCCCUCUCCCACUUCCCACGUCGCAACUGGGCUACCUGUCCGGCCCCACCCCGCAGAGCUACUCUGGCCUCCGCCUUCACACGCCUCCCUACGGUCUCUAUGGCUACACCUUCCCGCCCUCGCCCCGCCUAGCCGCCAGCCCGGACAAAAUGGGCGCCAUGGCCAACCAGCAAAACGCCCUGCUGGGUUCGUCCCCUAGCGGGACGCUCACGGACAGCCUUGGGGUGCUUGCCGCAGGACAGCAGGGCUUCUUGUUCGACUCUCGGACUUUGGGGCUGGCAGGUAGCCCAUCGGGCAGCGGAGGCUCGCAGGUCGCGGCCCACCUGGGCUGAAAUUGGUCAUCAGACAUUCAAAAAGGACACUCAGGAACAAUUCAAACUUUGAGCUGUCCGUCCAUACAUUUCCUGUAGCGCUUAUCCUAAUGAGGGUGAGCUGGAACCUAUCCCAGUUGACUUUUGGUUGAAAAGGAAGGGUACACCUGAGACUGGUCGCCGGCCAAUCACAGUGAUUACAACUGGGGUAUGAAACUGGAAGCAAUUAUGGAAAGAGGAUGUCCAGUAAUUUAAAUGUGAGCACUUUUGUUCUUUUUGUUGGGAAGGAGACGCCAAACUUUCUUUUCAAGGAACAACAAUCAGUAUUCCACAUUAAAAUCAUAAUAAUGAAGUUACAUAUUCAUUUAAUAAAUAUGAGCCACCCUUUAGGCUGGAUUAACACUGUGGGUCUCAAUUAAGGCUGGAAUCACUCUUCAGGUCCAAGGGCCCUAAUCCAAGUAAAUACAGCUAGUCCCCGGGUUACGACUGAGUUCUGUUCCUACGCAGGCGACGUAAACCGAAUUUCCGCAUAAAUCGGAAUGAACCUUUUAAGUACCCCUAAAUACAGUGGUACCUCUACAUACGAAGUUAAUUCGUUCCUGGACCUUGUUCGUAAGUCGAAAUGGUCGUAUGUCGAGCAGGAUUUUCCCAUGAGAAUACAUUAAUAAUUCCAUUAAUUUGUUCCACAGCCCAAAAACCUACACUAAAUCCUUAAUAAAUGCAGCUGGUGCUAUUGCAAAUAGCCAUAACACAGAGCAAAACAAAUAAAUUAUGAAUAAAAAUCAUAAUAAUAAUAUAAUAACACCUGUAAUUAUGUAACAAAUCGGGUUCUAAUGGGGCGGAUGUGUUUUCUGUGGUGUACCUGAACGCACCGCGUGGCUGACUUGACAGAGUGAGAGAGGACAUUUUAGUUUUUUGUUCAGCUGCGGCGGACAGUUGGCAUGUUGUGUUGCACAACUUCUGAAAUAAAUGAUUAAAAACCUGAUGAAGCUGGCGAUUUUUUGGUACUGUUACCACAAUAUUAAUUGCCCCCUUACCUUAUAAAGACUGGCGAACAAAGGUCAGAGGAGGACCGUCAAAAUUAUAGACAUUCUACUGCCGAAUUGUCGAGCCAGUCACGGAACGGCGCACCACGCUCAUAUUUUUCUAUCAUUUCCAUCUUCCCACCCUGCACUAAUAUUCUUAGAACCCAUGUUGAUUUCUCUCCCAAGAAAAUCCGCCGAGCGUCCGCCUUGCGGGAAAACAAAGAAACUGAUGCUGUCAUAAACCGUCGUAUUUCGAGCAUGUAGAGCACGAUGUAGAUACAAAUGGCGAGUCAAAUUUUACGUCAGAUGUCGAAAAGAUCGUGUAUCGAAGCGAUUGUAUGUCAAGGUACCACUGUAUUCCCUAAAUCUCAAAAUAACGAUCCAAAAACCAGUAUUAUACAUCAUUGUACUGUCCUCACCAAGACGUUGGAGCUAAUUCCUAGCUAGACAGCGAGCUAAACUGUAAUCUUUCCCCUCUAUCCCUCACACUGCUGUGCGACUUUUUCGUGGCGCAAAUGCGCUCUUCCUUGUGUGCGCAAAUACGAUCUUCUUCGUGUGUGCAUAUGCUCUUUACUCACGUGUAGAAGUACUACCUGGUCUACGCUUCCUGCGCCAAAAUAAAAGCAUGCAUCACAAAACAAAAAGUCAACAUUAUAAUCAAAUACACAUAAAAUGAAGUAAAAAAAUAAGAUACUGUGAAGUAUAAUAAGGUACUGUUUAGGCUACUUGAAAAAAAAAACAAAAAAAAAAACAUUUGAGACAAAAUGGCGGACAUGACUCGGGCGUCGUAAAGCCGAAAUCACUUAAGCCAGGUACGUCGUAACCCGGGGACUACCUGUAACUAUAUUUAUUUUUGUUGCCUGUGUAUUUCGAAGUUUUUAGUGUUACAUCCCACAUGGGUGUAUAUAUUCACACGACGUAAGAAACAACUUGUAUGUGCAGACACAAAAUUUUGCUUAGGUCAACAAUUACACAAAUAAAAUGAGUGUAUAGUUGCCCUGAAAUAUGUAUAUAUCAUGUAAUUAAAAGAACAACAUUUUUAAGAAUUUAUUUCGACUCAGACUUUACACUUUCAACCAGCCGAUUUUAUAAUAGGAGGGACUGGGGACAACCGUGAACUGAGAAAAUCCGCGAACAUAUGCGGCUUUUAAAAUCAACACACAAGACCUUUUUUUUUUCUCCCAAAAACUUAGCUCCCAAAAAGUGGGAAAGUUCGUUAAAAAAGACAGUUCAUUGGGGAGGGCUUGUGAAAAUUUAAAAAAAAUAUUAAACGAGCAAACCCCAAACAGGUUGGGCUCGCCUUUAUAUGCCUCUAAUGUGUAUCCAUCAUGUUUCAUAUUUUGAUUAUGUUAAAUUCCCAAUGAAAAGCUAUACAUACAGUAUCACCUAUUUGCACUCGUAUUGGUCCAUAUUCCAUAGGUAAUGCAGUAUUUGGAAGAAUCGCGAUUCUCACCUGAAGAGAUCUUAGGCUAGUUUCAUACCGCAGGUCUUAAUGUGCAAUUCCGAUUUUUUGGGUCAUGUCUGUUUUCUUUGUCCAUUGAGCCCGUUCAGGUAUCACACAUGCACACUAAUUCGCAGUCCGAGAUGCGCUGAGCAAACUGACCUGCAUGUGCAGGAGCAUCAAAACAAAUGACCACACAUGCUGGCUCAACGCCAUUCAUGGGUGAUCAUAUUUUGAUUUCUGAAAAGAGGACACAAAUAACAAUACAUUAAUAAUCCCUGUUUAGUCUUAUUUUCAAAGUUUAAAUGAAUUGAUAGCAUGCACGCACUGUCCGUGGACGACACACACACAUAUGGACAGUUGUCCCUGACUCUCGGCCGUGUAGGCAAUCUUGAAAUAUUGCGCAUUUGGAGCAGAGAGAAAACUGAGCAUUCUCAGGCUUAUCAUCAACCCAUUUUAUUGUUUUUUAUGACUGUUGUCAAGCCCACCCCUUCCCCAAAAGGCGCAUUCAAGCUAGGCGCUAAUGCUAAUGCAAAGCUGCACCGCUACCAUAGUGCCCUGUCUCUCUCACUAUUUGCUCACGUAAUUGCUGCAUGAAUUCCGAUUUGGGGGACUUAACAAUUCAGACCGCAGCCACACUUUGGAAAAAUGUGGACCAGAUCGGAUUUUAACCACAUUCAAAAGAAACCUAGAUCGGAUUUGAAAAGGUCCACUUUUAUGCGACUUUUCCCGUUCAGACCAUAAACUUAAUGCCUCACUCGAGUCAGAAAAACACGAAAAAAUCGGAUUUGUGUCUGAAGACCUGCAGUAUGAACCUAGCCUUAUUUAAUGCAGUAUUUUGAGAUACUACAGUAUACCAAAACAGCAAAAAACUAGGGAUGUCCCAAUCGCAUAUUUUUGCACCCGAGUCCGAAUCACCUAAAUUUGAGAAUUUGCCGAUACCGAGUCCCGAUUGAAUAAAAGUUCCAAACAUGUUACAAUACUGUACUUUUUACACUACUUCCUCUCCCGCUACUACGCAAGUGUAUAGUAUAUAUAUAUAUACUAUAUGUUUUUGUAU